CAGACUGUAUUCUUCGGGAUCAGCGUUUUAACUGAUCUGUCCAGUCUCCUGACCCAAGGGUCCAAUGACCAAGAGCAGCAGAGACAGCUGCGGAAGCUGAUUUCCCUUCGAGACUGGCUCAUGGCCGUCCUGGCAUUUCCUGUGGGUGUGCUGGUAGUGACAAUAUUCUGGGCCUUAUACCUGUAUGAUCGAGAACUGGUUUAUCCAAAAAUCUUGGACAGCUUUAUACCACAGUGGAUUAACCAUGGAAUGCACACCACAGUCCUUCCCUUCAUUCUGAUUGAAAUGAGGACAACUCAUCAUCAUUAUCCUAACAGAACGACAGGCCAGGCUGCAGUUAGCUUCUUUUCCACUGGAUAUAUCUUAUGGAUUUGCUGGAUUCACCACGUGACAGGAAUGUGGGUCUAUCCACUUCUCGACCAACUACCCAGCUUUCCGAAGUGUGUUGCCUUCGUGGCAUCAGUUGCUGUCAUCAACAUUUUGUAUACGGUGGGUGAAAUAUUAAACAGUUUCAUCUGGGACAAAUCAAGAUGUAUAGAAGAAAAGCUCAAUUCUAAGAAUAAGAUCGACUGACACAAGCCAGAAUAUUUUGUUUCAAGAACCUGAUGGAUGGAGACAUUUAUUCUGCCUCAUCAACAAAAUGAAUUUACUAACCACAUGCAGUAUUAAUCUCCUGGACUCGGAGCCAAAUCAUCUAACUAACCAGAUCAUGCCAUCAAAACCAUUUGUUAAUUCAUAAUGUAAGAUUUCCAAGUUGUCAAGAUGCAGAGGUUCACUUUAGGCCUGCAAAGGCCAAGAGAGAAUUGGUGCUGUUUGAACAGUAGUGUGAACUCACUUCUUAUAAAGGGAUCGGGAUUAAGUCAAUGCAAUCAGUCAAACUAGUCACCCAUUUUCGUUGGGUUUAUCGUACAUGUACAAUGUCUGUUCCUUUACAUGCAGUAUAUAUGUCAGGUUAUAUAUUUGGCUACUCAAUAAGAAAGUCCUGAAGUGCACCAUGUUAAGAGUGAUCGGCAAUAUCAGACCCAAGAUCUGAAGGCAGUUGCAGCAAACAAGAUGUAAUGCAGUGAAGUGAACUCUGAUAAAUGUUGACAAUAUUGUCUCUCCAUAUCCUUGGAGAGUGGUGUUGAAGGCUUUUGGCAUGUUUGUCUUCAUUAGGCAGGGCAUUGACUGUACAUUUUGACACAUUAUGUUGCAGUUGUAUAGACAUUGGUGAGGCCACAUUUGGAGUAUUGUGUUCAAUUGUGGUCAUGCUGCUAUCAGAAAGAUGCCAUUAAGAUGGAAUGAUUGUAAACAUGAUUUACAAGUACGUUGCCAGGACUCAAAUGUUUGAGUUAUAGGGAGAGGUUGGACAAGCUGGUAGGUUUCAGACCUACCAUUUGUUGUUUGGAUAAUUCCCUUAUCUUGGUUGCUCUUUGCUAAUGCGUUACUUCACACUUUUCCAGACUGAAAUCCAGCUGCUAAUUUUCUGUCCACCAAACCGUGUAGGCCUACUCUCUAGAAUUUCUUCCUCAUUAUCAUGCACGUUGCCAAUUUAGAUGCCAAUGGAAACUUCUUAAUCAUGGUCCCUACAAUCUGUCCAGGUCAUUAAUAUACGUACAUCACUGAAAGUAUGGGGCCCUGCUCUGAGCCCUGCAAGACCCCAAAGUAUAGAGCACUUUACUUUCUCCCAAUGAGACAGUGUUUAGGUCAAAUUUCCACCUCCCUUCAAGCCUGCAGGGCUUUACUUUCCUCAGUACAGCCCCACAGCUUUACUGAUCUGAGAGUGUAUUAUGACAAGGCAAGCACUGAGGUGCUGGAAUACGUCUGACUGCGCUGUCACAGCCCGUAAGUAAGCCAAGUAGUCAGCCCACAUGUAUCAGAAUGCUGCUAUUACACUACUUUUCUUUGUUAAUAUUGUACAAUUUCUGGUUUCAAUGGGAAUUGCAGUUCUUGUUUUGGCAAGUAAUUUUUCACCAACUUAAAUUUAAAUUUAUUUGCGAUAUCUGGCCCUGCCGUUAUUUUGUCAUCAGUUCUCUCUUCUCAGGAUCUGUUCUUCUCUUCUUCAAUCUGCCCCACCGUCUCUCCUCAAACUGUACCCAGCCCAAUCUCCUUACUCUUUCCAAAAUCCUUGAAUGUAAUGUUCAUUUUUUCCUUUUCCUCUUCCUUAAUCCCUUCUGUCUACACCAGUCUGCAGUCUGAAGUGACACUGAACAUAUUCACCAAUUACACCUUCUGUGACUAUAUUAAACCAACUUUCCUUCUCCUUUGACACAUGUCAGAUCUUGUUCAAUUAAAUAUCUCUGCUGUCCAUGGGUCUCUUUGGCCUUAAAUCAUAGAAUGUUUGGACCCUCAAUCAUCUAUAAUGGAAGCAAUAAACAUGGAUUAAAG